GACUGCGAGCCAUCUGGCGGUGACAACCUCAGUCUGCCGGCGGCCAUCAUAGUGAGCGGACGUCAUGACAGCCAAACUAGUUUGUUUACUUGCGCUGGCCUGGGUUUGCGCGGCCCAGCGGAAUCAAUACAAGGUCCCAGAGGCGAAGCUGGAAGCCAUCUACCCCAGAGGCUUGAGGGUAUCCAUUCCAGAUGACGGUUUCUCCCUCGUCGCUUUCCAUGGCAAGCUUAACGAAGAGAUGGAAGGUCUGGAAGCUGGCAUGUGGGCGAGAGACAUCGUGAAGCCGAAAGACGGCAAGUUCUGGUUCAGGGACCGCAAUAUCCAGCUGAAGCUGGGCGACAAAGUCUACUUCUGGACUUACGCGAUCAAGGAUGGGCUGGGCUACCGGCAGGAUAAUGGAGAAUGGACUGUCACUGAAUUCGUGAACGAAAAGGGCGAGAGGGUUGAUGUCGCCAAUCCACCUGACCCUACAACAACGCAACGACCACAGAGCCCUCCUCAAGGCCCAUCUCAACCCCCUACAUGGAAUCCUCCUCCUCCAACACAAUCUGUUUGUCCAAAAUCCGUGACUGUGGUGCAAGGACGCAACUCAGUCUGUAUAAAUGAGCUGAUCUUCAGCGAAGAGUUUGACAAGUCUUCUAUUAAAGACCUCAACAACUGGGACGAAGAAAUCAGAUUCCCGCUACAACCUGACUACCCAUUCAACGUAUACAUGUCAGACGGCACCUUGAAAUUGGAAAAUGGGCGACUUUCUAUCACUCCUGUGCUGCUAGAAUCACAUUACCACGAGGGCUUCGUCACCGAAUCUUUGAGCUUAAAUAGAUGUACUGGCACCUUAGAGACGAUAGAGUGCAAGCAGGUAGCAAAUGGAGCCCAAAUUCUGCCACCAGUCAUGACCGGGAAGAUCACCACCCGCAACCGGUUCAACUUCAAGUUCGGACGAGUGGAGAUCAGGGCUAAGCUGCCCGCUGGAAACUGGCUUAUACCUGAACUGAACUUGGAGCCUCAUGACAACAUCUACGGCUCCCGCCGCUACGAAUCUGGCCUGAUGCGGGUAGCCUUUGCUAAAGGAAACCCGGAAUACGCCAAGAAACUCUUCGGAGGACCAGUUCUUUCGGACUCCGAACCUUACAGAUCAUUGUUGAUGAAGGAAAAGAUUGGCAUAGACAACUGGAAUAAGGAUUUCCACAAUUACACUUUAAUUUGGAAACCAGACGGCAUUGAUCUAUUCGUCGACGGCAGCCAGUACGGGAGCGUUCGUCCGGGAGAUGGCUUCGCCGCCAGUGGGCGGGAAAACCUAGUGCCUCAUGCCGGGCUCUGGACUAAAGGAACCAUCAUGGCGCCGCUUGAUGAAAUGUUCUACAUUGCCAUUGGCCUUCGCGUAGGAGGCGUCCACGACUUCCCCGACAGUCCAGAGAAGCCCUGGGGAAACCGGGCCGCCAAAGGCAAGCUGGACUUCUGGGAAAGCCGCGACACUUGGCAGCCAUCUUGGUACGACGCCAGCAUGCUGGUAGACUCCGUCAAGGUCUACGCACUGUGAUAGAAUAAGUUAAGAAGACUGUGAUUCCUUUUUACUGCUCAAUAAAUUUUGAUAAGACUAGUUU